AUGAGUGCUACAACUCCUAUCACCCUGAACUACAACACUUUACUGAAAGGGUGCUACAACUCCUAUCACCCUCAGCUACAACACGUUACUACAGGGGUGCUACAACUCCUAUCACCCUCAACUAUAACACUUUACUGCAAGAGUGCUACAACUCCUAUCGCUCUCAACUACAACACUUUACGGAAGGGGUGCUACAACUCCCAUUACCCGCAACUAAAACAUUUUACUGCAGGAGUGCUGCAACUCCUAUCACUCUCAACUAUAACACUUUACUGCAAGAGUGCUACAACUCCUAUCACCCUCAACUACAACACUUUACUGCAGGAGUGCUACAACGCACAUCACCCUCAACUAUAA